AUUUGUAGGUGUCUGGAAUCGAUAACUAGAACGAUGACAGGGAGCUACUUUAUGACCGAUCUUGUUGCCGAUAGCCUGUCAUCUGAAGUUGAUGUGGAUUGGAAUGAUGCUGUGCUAUACACACCUUAUCAUACGCAAGCCUUACUUUAUGAAUAUGCUGACUGCUUGGCUGUACGGACAUUGUUACGAAUGGCAAAGUUACCGAUUCGCUUAGAAGAGCGUCCUAAUGCUGAAUUCAUGUCACCGACCGGGAAAGUACCCUUCCUGAAGUUGCAGUCAUUUCUGAUACCCGAGUUUUUACCAGUUGUUGAUUUUCUUGCAAAACGUAAUGUAAAAUUAUCGGCCGGCUUGACGGAUCUAGAACGAGGAGAUAUGCAUGCACAUAUGGCUCUUUUCGAUGACAUUCUUAAAAAUGUCGAGAUACAUAUGAUGUGGAUGGACAAGAGGAAUUAUUCUCAGGUAACGAAGUACAGAUACGGUUCAGUGUAUCUGUUUCCACUGAAUAUUAUUUUACCACGAACGAAACGUCGUGAAGUGAGCAACUAUUUAACUGCUCUGGAUUGGAAAAGUAAGUCACAGGAAUGCAUAAUGGAACUGGCUGACCGAUGCUUCAAAAGUUUGUCGUCGAAACUUGACCACAAUGAAUAUUUUUUCGGCGAUUCACCAACUGAGCUAGAUGCUUUGGCAUUCGGUCAUUUUUAUACCAUCCUGACAACAGAACUGCCAAAUAUGGAGUUAAAGAAUUAUCUUCGCCGAUAUUCAAAUUUAACUGAGUUCUGCCAAAGGAUUGACAAAAAGUAUUUUGUUCUUGAAACAAAGAAAUAA